AUGUCUCUCCCGGGCUUAGACCUCACUCAGGUCUCGGAGGAGAGGUCCUCGGCCGUUGCGCCGCCGUCGCAGAUCACCCUGUCGCCGGGCAUGGAGUGGAGGUUCGAGGUCGCGUUUGGCAAUAUCGUGAGAGUCAAGAUUCUCACGGGAACCGCUGAGCUCUUCGGUACAGAGCUCGCCGAGUCGCAGACAUACACUUUCACCGGGACCAAGGCGGCAAUAUAUACAUGGCAUGGGUGCACGCUGGAGAUCAGCGCGGGCGAGAUGGCGAUGACGACCGCGGACGGGGUGGCGCCGACAACUGGCCAUGGUGCCGGGGGAUGUCAGAGCGAGUACACAGCGGAAGAAACACCAAUGGUGGAGUACGCCAACGUCCACUUUGCGCUGGAGACGAUGCGCCAGGAUGCGCAAGCCACAGGCAAAGAUGGACCUCGCGUGUUGCUUCUGGGCCCCGAAAACGCGGGCAAGACCAGUCUGGCGAAGAUACUGACCGCGUACGCGACCAAGGUCGGCCGGCAGCCGCUGGUGGUGAACCUGGACCCGACCGAAGGCAUGCUCAGCGUCCCCGGUACGCUGUCUGCCACGGCUUUCCGCACUAUGCUAGACGUUGAGGAGGGAUGGGGCAGCAGUCCGAUGUCGGGACCGAGUCCCGUGCCGGUCAAGCUACCUCUCAUUUACAAUUACCCACUACCCAGCCCUCUGGAUGCCGAAGGAUCGGUCUACCGACCUGUGGUAUCGCGGCUUGCGCUGUCAGUGACUGGUCGAAUGGCGGAGGAUGAAGACGCGCGCGAGGCGGGCAUUAUUGUCGACACUCCGGGAUUGUUGAGUUCCGGCAAGCCUGGCAGCCUGGAGCUGAUCAACCAUAUUGUCACCGAAUUCGCCAUUACAACAAUCUUGGUCUUGGGAUCUGAGCGGUUGUACAGCACGACGGUCAAGCAGUAUGACAAUAAGCCUAGCUCGAGCUCAACAGCCGUUGCCUUCGAUGAGCGCAUUUCCGUCGUCAAGCUCUCCAAAUCCGGAGGCUGUGUCGACCGCGAUGCCGCUUUUCUUAAAAUAAUGCGCGAGUCGCAGAUCCGAUCUUAUUUCUUUGGCAAUCUGGUCCCAUCAUUCACCGCGUCCUCAGCCUUGGCGCUCUCUGCAUCUUCGACCUCCAUGGUGACAUUAUCACCACACGCGCAGCAACUUGACUUUUCCGCCCUCAGCGUCUAUAAUUACACCAUUGCCUCCGUCGACGACGAAGACGAGGAUGAAUACGACCCCUCCCAGCUCACCACCGGCGAUUCUUUCCUCCCUGGUGGCGGAGGUGACGACGAAUCCCAGCAGCAGCAGGAACAACAAGGCCCCGAUCGUGCUGCACCGCUACCGGGUAUCGUCGGCUACGCACCUGUACCUCCAUCCCAAGCAUCCACAACCGCCAGUAACGUCCCUCUGAAAAAGGUGCUCCCUCCCGCGCCUGCUGCUCUGGCGAACACUCUUCUCGCAAUCACCCACGCCCCAAACACAGCGUCACCCGCUGAGGUUCGCGACGCCAGCAUCAUGGGAUUCUUGUAUGUUGCCGACGUCGACGCAGACAAGGGCAAGAUUCGUGUCCUGGCUCCUGUCGGCGGCAGGAUGCCUCCGCGUGCGAUGAUUUGGAUGAAACGCUGGCCGGGCGAGGUGGUCGGCUUGGUCGGUUAA